AUGCCAGCACCGGCUCGCCAGAACCGCUCGCGCAACGGCAACUGGAUCAUCUCCAACGGCGGCAACGUCUUCUAUCGCGCUGACAGUCUUACCCGCGAAGGGUCGGCUGCCCAGCAGUCGUCACCGACUCUUCCCGCGCCCCUCAUCGGCCCAAGACGCACCAGGCCUCACGCCAUCCACAUCGUCACCUACCCGCCCGGCUACGUCCCACGCGAGUUGCGGCCCAAGCCUGCCAGCAAGUCCAAGAAGGCGGCCGAUUCGCUACGGUCGCGUUCCAAGAAGGCGGCCAAGCCCGGGUCCUCCGACGCCCAGAACUCCGCCGACGCCGGCGGCAACGUCGGCAGCAGCUCCAGCAGCCGGAGGAGAACGCCCGCGCGCCCUCACCCUUGUCAUCGGAUUCAGAUCCCAAUACAACCAUCCACAAGCCUUAACACUCACCUGCGCCAGCAGAGCUCCUUGCGAAUUGAGGCCCACAGCCAGCUGCGACCACGGCCGCUACGGCAGCACCAGCAGAACCGAUACAGCCUACCGCUUCCCCAGGCGCUAACGGCGUUGUCAGCACUGCGAUUCUCGGACGACCUCGACGCGAGCCUCGUUAGGCCCACAAGUGCCAGCUCCAGGUCCAUCACCGCCGACCACUUGGCCUCUGUCUCCUCGCCACCCUACUCCGCCAUCGCAAACGCCCACGCCAUGGCCGCCAUGAUCCCGCCCGCCGCCUACCAUCUCGGCGGUGCCGGCGGCAACAGUAACCGCAAUAGCCUCAUGUCGGUCCGCUCCGCCAAAUCGGCUGUCAGCUCCCUCGUCGCCGAGGUUCCCAAGCCCGUUGCCUCCGGCAGCGGCGUCACGUGUUCCAUUCUCAUGGCCGAACCGAACGUCUUCCUCUCUGGCUUUGACCACGACCACGACACCCAGCGCGAGAGCUCCAGCGGCGGCACAGCCCUGCUGCGCGGCAAGCUUCACCUCUCUGUCAGCAAAAACGUCAAGAUAAAGGCUGUCCAGCUCAAGCUCAUUGGUCGCGCCCGCACCGAGUGGCCAGAGGGCAUUCCCCCGCUCAAGCAGGACGUGGUCGAGGAAGAGAGCCUGCGCACCCAAGUCUUGACCUUUUUCAACGCCAUGAACGACGGCUGGGAGACCGAGUACGGCAACCAGUGCACCUACCAGCUCCGCGCCAGCUCCGCCACCUCCAGCUCCACCAACCUGGGGACCAUGCCCCGCGUCCACAGCCUCAAGCCCAUCUCGACCCCGAACCGCGGCGGCCUGACGGCCAAGGAGCUCAAGCGCCUGUCUCUGCAGAGCGUCCAAUCGCGCAGCUUCGGAAAGGGCGACAGCGGCGUCGCCGUCUCGACCCAGGCCAAGGGCUUCAAGAUCUUCUACCCGGGCACCUACGACUACUCCUUCGAGCUCCCCAUCGACCACCACCAGCUCGAGACGACCAAGCUGCAGUAUGGCUCCGUGCGCUGGGAACUGCACGCCACUGUCGACCGCGCCGGCGCUUUCAAGCCCAAUCUACACGGCAUGAAAGAGGUUUCCAUUGUACGCCUGCCCGACCAGAUGUCUCUCGAGACGACGGAGCCCAUCUCCAUCAGCCGGCAGUGGGAGGACCAACUACACUACGACAUUGUCAUCUCGGGCAAGAGCUUUCCCAUCGGCUCCAAGAUACCCAUCGCCUUCAAGCUCACCCCAUUGGCAAAGGUCCAGAUACACAAGCUCAAGGUGUACGUUACCGAGACCAUUGAGUACUGGACCAACGACAAGCGCGUCACCAGAAAGGAUCCGGGUCGCAAGAUUCUGCUGCUUGAAAAGUCCGCCGGCAAGCCCUUGGAUUCCACCUGGGCCUCGUCCGACAUGAGGACGGUUCGAGGCGGCGAGCCGAGCGCCGAAGAGCGCCGCGACGCACGCGAGGUGGCGCAACUCAGACGUGUCCUCGAAGCGUCAAGGACGCGUAGCUCACCCGAGCCGUUGCCCGAGCCUUCGGCCAACCUGCUCGGCGACCUCGAACUGGGCCUGGAGAGUAUGUGGGGGUCAACGGAGAUCGAGGCCAACGUCCAAAUCCCAACCUGCGAAAUGAUGGCCAAGAAUAAGGACUUGAAGCUGCAUCCGGACUGCAGUUGGAAGAACGUCAAUGUCUUCCACUGGAUCAAGAUCGUCAUGCGUAUUAGCCGGGUGGACCCAGAGGACCCCACGGGAACCAAGCGACGACAUUUCGAGAUCAGCAUCGACUCUCCCUUCACGGUCCUCAACUGCCGAGCUACACAGGCCAACACCAACCUGCCUGCGUACUCGGGCCCAGUUAGCCAGCCGUCGCCGUUCCAAGCAGCAUGUGGUUGCCCGGAUGCCGCCUCGGUAGCCACCGGCAUCUCCCCAAGCUCGUCGACAGGGACGUUGCUGGGGGGCGAACCGAUGACUGACGUACUGCCUCUUCCUCCUCAAGCAGCGCAUCUGCCCAGCCCGACAGCCGCAAGUUUCGCCACCGACCUGCAGAGCCCCAAUGCGUCUGCCGAAGGGCCUGGCGCUUACGAAGACGCACGCCCAAUUCACCUGAUGCGAGCCCCCAGCUUCGAUCCCCCGGCGUUCUAUGCCGACAUCGCGCCACCGCCCGCUAUUGUCAUCGAGAAUCCAGAUGCCGUCGUGACGCCCGCCAUUCUCACCCCGCCUCCGCAAUAUGAUGCUGUGGUUGGGACCCCGAGCGUCGAUGGCCUCGCCGACUACUUUUCGCGCCUUGCCCGCCAUGGCUUCCCCGACGAGGAAGACUCGAACUCGGAGUCCGAGGAACUGCCGACGCCAGGUGGACGGAUGCCCAGCAGGAGCAUGGAGAUUCCUCGCCCGUCAUUGACUCUCGACUUGGACAGUCUCCCUGAUCGAUCCAGAGAACCUGCCAUCCCGGGCCUAGCGGUUUAA